UGGCGAUUGAAGAAAAGUAAGUUUCUCAUUCACGUAUGACGUAUUUGAUCUACCUCACCUGUGACUAAAGCGCCCGUAGUUUAUGAUAUUUACCUGUAGCUCAACAGUGCUGUUCGACACGGUGGGGAGUAGAGGGUAUACCAGGUAAGUUGUCGCAGCGCAGGUGAAAAGGAUUGUAUAUCACUGUUUACCUAUGUAUAUGUAAGUCCCGUGUUGAUCACAGAGAUUUGAAGUUUUAAAAUAUGAUCAUAAUAUCUGGCGUUUAAAAACAAGUAGCAAGUGAUAUGUUUCCAACUUUAAAGGACUUGUAAACACCUGCAUUAAACAGACGUAAGAAAUUAUACCAUCCCAAAAUGAAGAGUGAGGACGCUAUCUGUUACUAAACCAAACACCAAGUAUUCUCUUGUUGACACUGACUGGCCAGAUCAAGAUGUUUGGCCUGAGCAAGAAGUCCAACAAGCCAACAACGUUCUACGCAUUGGCCUUUUGUAUCCAUGUUGUGGCCUUCAUUCUGAUGGCCAUCGGCAUGUUCACGCCGUACUGGACCGAGAUCACAGAGCAAGUUGGGACAUCCACCACCAAUAGCAAGUAUGACAGAGGUCUAAUCCUGAGCUGCUCACCUAGUAAAAGUUGUGAGGCCAACAUCAACUUUACUAGUGCAUCAAAAGUUUUCUUUACGUCGUUUGUGCUGGGUAUCAUCUCCAUCGUCAUCGGUUUCUUCACACUACAGCUCUUCUGUGCGGGGCUCUUCAUUAGGAGCUGUAGAGAGAGCAACCUAGGGGUACCAGUGGCUGUUAUGUCUAUUUUUGAAGGAGCAAUGCUCAUCCUCGUUUUGGUGUUUUUUGAAAUAUCCAUCGGCCUUGACACGAACAGUGGGAAUAUCCACAGAGAUGACACGUUCGGGUUUUCCCGCGGGCUAAUAAUAGGAUCCAUCGUUCUCUACUGGGUUUCGUCCUUCUUCAUCAUAGGGGAAUAUUUCCGGCGAUUCACCAACGACCGCGCGCCAGUUCAAGAGGUCAAGCCGGCCCGGGGCCCCCCACCCCGCAGCCACCGGGAGGAUUACGACAGAGGGAGAAGGAACAAAAAACCCCUGGGUCCGGCUGUGGUCAGCGCCGCCGCCCCUCCACCUUACACCAAAGCUAAUCCAGUCUACGACCCUAACGAUGGACAACGCCGUGGGAUGAACGCCUGCAACAAGCCCGGCUGUCAGAUGUGUAACUACGUGGCCGAGUCGCCAACCUUCUGGGGUCCUGCCGGUGUAUUCAACAUCACGGAGACGCUGGACUGUCAACAUGUCAACGUCGUGUAUGCCAUCAUUUGUAUGAAGGAUGAAAAGGUUUUUAUUGGCCAUUCGAGAUUAAAGUUGGAAGACGCUUUCCGCGUGCACCUGGCCAACGUGCGGGCCAACAACAACAGUGACCCGGUGGCCUUCCACUUCACCAGACCUGGCCACAAUAUACAGGACAUUAGGAUCUCCGCCCUGGCGUCCAUUAACUGUGACAAGGACACCAGGGCCCGCCUGGAGAAGGCCCUAUCCUACAACAUGGACCAACCCCACAACUCUUACUAUGGGAUAAACGAAGACUUCGAGUUUCUGUAGCCGCCGUUACGGUCUUCAAACAGCCACAUAGAUGGCUCAAUGGCAGCAACACGCUCUCCACUGCUGAAAAACACAUUUACUCUAUUUUUAUUUAUUUUAUAAGAGCUCUAUUUAUGCAAGUGUUGUUGCCAGAUUUUUUUCGAUUUAUGGCCAAUCUUCAAACAGCCACGAACAUGGCUCAAUGACGGCUACAUAAACACGCUAUCUACUGCUGAAGAAGACAUUUACUCUAUUUUUUUUUAAUUUUAUUUUAUAAGAGCUCUAUUUAUGCCAGUGUUGUUGCCAGAUUUUUUUCGAUGUAUGGCCAAUCUACAAACAGCUAAAUAGAUGGCUCAAUGACGGCUACAUAAACACGCUCUCCACUGCUGAAGAACACAUUUACUCUAUUAUUUUAUUUUUAUAAGAGCUCUAUUUCUGCCAGUGUUGUUGCCAGAUUUUUUUUUUUAUUUAUGGCCAAUUUACUAUAACAGAUAUUAUUCUUAUUAGGGAGAAUUUGAAUAGAUUAUU